AUGUCAGAUCAACCAUCGGCAGAAAAUGCAGAAGUUCGACAACGACGAGUGCCAGAUUCACCGGAAGCUAACCUAAGAGCACCGGAUCGGGAUGAUGUUCGACCGACAAGCGAUGAAAGUGAUAUGGAUGCUAUUCUACAAGAUGAAGAUAGGAUGGAACGGCUAACAAAAGCAAUCCCACAAGAUAAAGGAAGUCUUGGAGAGUUCGCCGAUUCAAUGCUUGAAGCAUUACCACCCAGAUGGAGGAAUUGGGUGGUUCGAGGACUUUUCUCCAUCAUCAUGAUAUCCACAUUCACUUUUAUUGUAAACCGAGGUGCCACGUGGCUCAUGUUCUUGGUCUUCCUCAUCCAAUUCAAAUGUUUCCAAGAAAUAAUUUCUAUCGGACUUGCCGUUUACCGUCUUUACGAUUUCCCAUGGUUCCGCGCAUUAUCUUGGUACUUCUUGCUCACCAGCAACUACUUUUUCUUCGGUGAAAGUCUCAUCGACUACUGGGGAAUUGUACUGAAGAAAGAUAACUUCUUGCACUUCCUUGUCGCCUAUCACAGACUUGUUUCGUUUGCUCUUUAUUGCAUCGGAUUCGUUUCAUUCGUACUUUCCCUUCGUAAAGGAUAUUACAUGAGACAAUUCUCUUUGUUCGCCUGGACUCAUUUGACUCUUCUGCUCAUUGUCAGUCAAUCAUUCUUCAUCAUUCAAAAUAUCUUCCAAGGACUUAUCUGGUUCCUGGCUCCAGUCGCAAUGAUCAUUUGUUGUGAUGUCAUGUCAUACAUGUUUGGAUUCUUUUGGGGAAAGACGCCACUUAUCAAGUUGUCACCGAAAAAGACAUGGGAAGGAUUCAUCGGAGGAGCGUUCUCCACUGUCAUCUUUGGAAUUCUGCUCUCUCUCGCUCUCUACAACCGUCCAUUCUUCGUCUGCCCAGUCCAACAUUAUCAAACUGACAGCUCCAACUGCACGAUUCCAUUGGCAUUCCAACUUCAAGAUUAUCCAGUUCCACGUCCAUUCUCUUUCUUCUUCAAAAUUCUUCGCAAAGAACCUGUCAUUCAACUAUUCCCAUUCGUAUUCCAUAGUAUUGCUCUAAGUCUUUUCGCAUCGAUUUUGGGACCAUUCGGUGGAUUUUUUGCAAGUGGAUUCAAGAGAGCUUUCAAAAUCAAGGACUUUGGUGAUGUUAUUCCUGGACACGGAGGAUUAAUGGAUCGAUUCGAUUGUCAACUUCUCAUGGGAACCUUUGUAAUGGUCUACAUUCAUAGUUUCAUUCGAGUACCGGAUGCUUCAAAACUCAUUAAACAAAUUAUGACACUUGAACCACAAGAACAAAUGGACAUUUUCAAUCUAUUACAGGCUGAAUUAUCUAAAAGUGGUUUACUGUAA